GGCAGCGUUUCGUUCCGGCUCCCGUCCCAUUACACAGCCGCCACCUGCAGGCCGGCUGCAUAAUGUAGCUCGGCGGCGGGGAAGGCGCAGGAGGCUCUCCAUACCUUCCUUGGCUCUCUGACCUCGAGAGGAAGGAAAUCAAAGAAGGAAGGAAGAGGAGGGAGCAGGGCAGGACGGGAUGCCUGGUGGCGGAGCGGCCGCUGCACCUCCGCUGCUUUGUGCGUUUCCACCUCGGGGCGGAGCUGGAGGUCGAUUCCCGGAGAGAGCGAGCCAAGAGUUCCUGCUUCCCCACGAAACUGCACAAAGGCCCCCCGAAGGAGGAGCAGCGGAGUCUCCUAGACUUCUUCUGUAGGGCGGGGGGGAAGCGGGCCUUGUUUUCUAGUCUCCCCGCCCCGGGAUUUGGUGGCCUUUGAGGAAGUGGCUGUGCAUUUCAGCGAGGAGGAGUGGGCUCUGCUGGAUCUGGACCAAAGAGCCCUGCACAGGAAAGUCAUGGAGCAGAACUUUGCUAUUGUGGCCUCUCUGGCCAUUGACAGAUGGGAAAGUGAGAAUGAGGAGAAACCCCAUGGAGGGUUGUUGGGAGGUGCCACAUGUAAAAGGAGGAAACAGAGAACGGUGACUGAAGGAAAACAGAAGGGGAGGACUGGAUCUUCUGCUUCUCAGCAGGGUGACAUCCAUGAAAUCCUAAUCCAAGAAAAAAUAGAGAAAGCAGAAGAGAGAAGUCUGUGCUCUGUGAGUAGGAAAAGCCUCAGUUUUAAAUCAAAUCUUAAACCUCAGUGGAAGAUGCACACAGAGGAAAAACCAUACAUGUGCUUGGAAUGUGGGAAGAGCUUCAGUCAGGGGGCAGUUCUUAGAAGACAUCAAAGAAUACAUACAGGAGAAAAACCAUUUACAUGCUUGGUCUGUGGAAAAGGUUUCAGUGAGAGAGGGAAUCUUACUAUACAUCGAAGAACCCACACUGGGGAGAAACCAUAUAAGUGCUUGGACUGUGGAAAGAGCUUCAUUCGAUCUGACUCUCUUACUAUACAUCAAAUGAGUCACACUGGGGAGAAACCAUAUAAAUGCUUGCAGUGUGGAAAGAGCUACAGCUCACGCACACUCCUAAUUAGACAUCAGAUUAUUCAUACAGGAAGCAAACCAUAUAAAUGCAUGGUGUGUGGAAAGGGCUUCAGUCAGAGCUCAUAUCUUCCUAUACAUCAAAGAAUUCACACAGGAGAGAAGCCGUAUUCAUGCCUGGAGUGUGGGAAGAGCUUCAGUAAGAGCUCAGAUCUGGCUACUCAUCAAAGAACUCACACAGGAGAAAAACCAUAUAAAUGUUUGGAGUGUGGAAAGAGCUUCAGUCAGAGUUCAGAUCGUACUAGACAUCAACGAACCCAUACUGGGGAGAAACCAUAUAAAUGUUUGGUCUGCGGAAAGGGCUUCAGUGAGAGUGGGAAACUUAGUAAACAUCAAAGAACCCACACUGGGGAGAAACCUUAUACAUGCUUGGAGUGUGGAAAGGGCUUCAGUCAAAGUUCAGAUCUUACUAAACAUCAACGAACCCACACUGGGGAGAAACCCUAUAAAUGCUUGGAGUGUGGAAAGAGUUUCAGUGAGAGUGGAAAACUUAAUAAACAUCAAAAAACCCACACUGGGGAGAAACCAUAUAAAUGCUUGGAGUGUGGAAAGGGCUUUGGUGAGAGUGAAAAACUUACUAGACAAAGGACCCACGUUGGGGAAAAACCAUAUAAGUGCAUCCUCUGUGGAAAGAGCUUCGGCGAGACUGACACCCUCAAAUCGCAUCAAAGAAUCCACACAGGGGAGAAACCAUACAAAUGCCUGGAGUGUGGAAAGAGCUUCAGUGUGAGCACAAACCUCACUUUACAUCAAAGAAUCCACACAGGGGAGAAACCAUACCAGUGCGUGGAGUGUGGAAAGAGCUUCAGUCAAAGUGCAAACCUCACUUCCCAUCAAAGAAUCCACACGGGGGAGAAACCAUACCAGUGCUUGGAGUGUGGAAAGAGCUUCAGUCAGAGCACAAGCCUUACUUCUCAUCAAAGAAUCCAUACAGGGGAGAAACCAUUUAAAUGCUUGGAAUGUGGAAAGAGCUUCACUGUGCACCAAAGCCUCACUGCACAUCAAAGAAUCCAUGCAGGGGAGAAACCGUAUAAAUGUUUGGAGUGUGGAAAAAGCUUCAGACAGAGCACAAAUCUUACUGCACACAAGAAAAUUCACACGGGGGAAAAGCCAUAUAAAUGUUUGGAGUGUGGAAAGAGUUUCAGUUGCAGCACAAGCUUAUUGUCACAUCAAAGAAUCCACAGAGGGGAGAAACCAUAUAAAUGCUUGGAGUGUGGAAAGAGCUUUAGUUGCAGUGCCAACCUAAAGUCACAUCAAAGAAACCAUACAGGGGAGAGGCCAUAUCAAUGUUCAGAGUGUGGAAAUAGCUUCAGUAAGAGUACGAGCCUAAUGUCACAUCAACGAAUCCACAGAGGGGAGAAGCCUUACAAAUGUUUGGAGUGUGGAAAAAGCUUUAGUUGCAGCACAAAUUUAAAAUCACAUCAAAGAAACCACACAGGGGAGAGGCCAUAUCAGUGCUUGGAAUGUGGAAAGAGCUUCAGUCAAAGCGUAAGUCUAACUUCUCAUCAAAGAAUCCACACAGGGGAGAAACCUUAUAAAUGCUUGGAAUGUGGAAAGACUUUCAGUCAGAAUUCAAACCUCACUUCCCAUCAAAGAAUCCACACAGGGGAAAAACCAUAUGUGUGCUCAGAAUGUGGAAAGCGCUUCAGUCGUUGUGAUUCUCUUACUUCACAUCAAAGAACUCACAAAGGGGCAAAACCAUAGAAGUGCUUAGAGUGUAUAAUGAUCUCAAGUUCCAAUGCUAACCAUAUUUUACAUGAAAGGACCCACAGAGGAGAUGCAGUGUACAAAUAAAUUCCAAACAACAAAUUGUCAA